AUGGACAUCACGAUCUUUUACGCCAUUGCAGUGGGGUGCUUACUGACAACACUCUUUCUCAUUCGCAUAGCCCCUUCCUUUCUGAAUCUACUCACAGCUUUGUCAUUCCUGAUUACGAAGCACUUAACAUAUCCAUACUUGUGGGGUCGCCAUAGGCUGAUUGCUCCUUGCACUCGAGCUGAUGCCUUGUCAUAUCUCGCGUACGCUGUAACAAAUGUGUUUCUUGUUGCCUUCAAGACUCCAUCAACAACAAUGGCUAGAGACCGCGCCGGAACCCUUUCAGUGAUCAAUAUGAGUUUCCUGUUCUUGGCACACCAUCUAGGAUUCCUUGCAAACGCCAUGGGUGUUUCUUUGAUGAUGUGCAAGCGCAUUCAUCGGACUGUGGGCUGGAUGACUGGCAUUCUCCUCAUGUUACAUAUCAUCAUGGCUAUGAUAACUGAGCAGAAGGGCUGGAAUAUUCGUGAGAAGGCCCAACUCUUUGGAUUAAUCGGUGCUGUGAUUAUGGCCGCAAUUCUCUUAUUAUCCUUCCCUUUCGUUCGCCGUUUCUUCUACGAGCCAUUUCUCCGACUACAUCAAGCCCUGGCUACAGCCUGCAUAUAUUUUGUAUGGCGGCAUUUGCCAUCCGAUACUCUGCUGCCCCGGCUGUAUGUUUAUAUUCCGCUUGGCACAAUGCUACUUGCAUUAUUGGUCGAGCUUUUCCUUUUCAUCGUUAGGAAUGGCGUCUUCCCCCCACGUCCUUAUUCUCGUGCCUCUAUCAGAUGUGACCGGGUGCAACAAGCACCAAUACAGAGCAUAGAGGCAACACCGCUGAAAGUAAGGGUUGCUCUUACAAGGCCCCUACAUGUCGAGGCAGGCCAAUACAUAAGUCUCUGGAUACCCGCGGCAAGCCUAUUCUCCUGGGCCCAGACACACCCGUUUAUGGUGACAUCUUGGUCGCCAGAAAAGCAGGAUGUCCUGGAGCUUUUUGUUCAACCUCGAAGAGGGCUCACUGAGACUAUUCACCAUCGUACAGCCACGGAUGGCUAUACAUCCUUGACAGCAUUUGUUAGCGGGCCGUAUGGAGUCAGCAAAUCCGUAGACCAUUACGAAUGCGUCUUGGCAAUUGCGACUGAUUUCGGUAUAGCAGGUGUCAUAUCUUAUCUUAAGAAGCUCCUCUACGGGUAUAACACUUGCACGUCACAUGUGCGCCGGGUACAUUUCGUGUGGGAGGUCCAAACAUUGGAUAUUGCUGUUGCAGCCCAGCCACUUCUGAACAGCUUGUUAAGCGAUGAUGUCUUGGAUGAUGGCUAUGUGGGUUGGCUCUUCCUGUCUAACCAUACUUGCGCUGACGUGAUACAGAUACUCGAAAUGUCUUUUUAUGUGGCAUCAAACCAGAUGAUAGAACAUGGCAAGCCGUUCGGCCAGCAUCGCCGCGCGACAGUUUUCAAUGGAAAGCCUCGAUUUGAUGAAAUUAUAUCAGAAGAGGCUUCCGGGCGAAACAUAAAACGGCUGCCAAACACUCAUGAGGAUCGCGGUGAGGUUCUGGUUAUGGUCUCUGCCAGCGCCCAUGGACCCGAUAUCUCUGAUAAUGACCCUGUUGAUUGGGAUGCAUGGCUCACAUCAGAGGCACUCAACAAUGAAAAAUAUCUGGCUACCUCACAAUGCAGCUUUAUCAACAUGGAAGACUGUACUGAGCGUCAGCCUUUACUGAAACAUGCCCCUCAGCUUCAUUCAAAACUGCCAGAAAUCUCUCUGCUAUCAGAUGGAAGUUUAUUGUUGACGCAGUCCACAGACAGCAACAAAGAGACAACGACAACAGGUCUCCGAACGUCAAGUCUAGGCGCAUAUUUCUCUGCGAAAAGUGAAAACACAGAAAUGCAAUAUCUCAUGAUCAACGAAAAAGAACAAUUCAAGUGUUCAGAGUCCAGUGAAGAUCAUUCUAGUGCUUUCGGCCUUGAGAAUCGGCACCAGAGAAGAGUCCUCACUUCACCAGAUCUCAAGUUUCUGGAAACACAAGAGACCGGAAGAGGAAGCUUUCACAAAUACAAGCCAGUCGAUAACCGGACCCAGGCAGCUGAGUGCGUUGACUGCAUUCAAACAAUAUGUCAGAUUGCAACUGGCGAGACAAUGAGCGAGAAACAAGCUCGAGACGUCGAAGACUGCGGGGAUAGUCUGAUCACAAUUAUACAAUCCGACGGCCCGAUUGCCGCGUUUAAGCCUCUUUUAGUCAACUGUCACCUGCAUACCUUACCUAGUGUUGACAUGUAUGGCUUGAAUUCGUCCCUGACGGCAUGCGUGGCAUAUCUGAGGUACCUGAACUCGGUCACUGGUUCAGUUUCGAAGUCAGACGAUGUGAAUCGCCGCCUUGCCCAGAUUUGGAUCCAUAUUCAUUUCGAAAAUCUUGUCAAUGAUUUGAAGGAAAGUGAGAAAAACGGUCUUCCGCUUAACCGACAACGUCGGGCAAUUCCCACGAUAGCCAGAGAUUCUAUCUUACAGGCUUUUCACGGGAGCCCAUUCGUGCCGCAAAAAAAAGAUCGCGACUUUUUGAGCGAUCAAUGCCGCUGGGGCGAGCGUUGGUGGAAAGUUGCUACCUGCAUGGGACUUGGUGUGAUUUUACUAGCUAGUGAAGACUUGGCAAAUCAAAUAGGCAGAAGAACAGCUUUUCAGAAUAAAAUGGUAGACACGUUGGCCAUUUAUGUUCUCAAUCGCUACCCAGCUCUGACCAGUCUUUAUCGAUCGUUUGAGUCUAUGGCAGUAGGCCUCAUGCUUGGAGGUGAUAAUGUCUUUUCCCAGGACCAACUAAACAUCUUCCUCGAGGCGCUCGUGGAGAAUGAAGCAAACUCAUGCAAGCUAGAAAGAUGGGUGGUUCCAAACCUCAAAUCUCUAUCUAGACUUGCUGCUUCCCACCUAAUCUUUCUGCAGAGAUUCUAA